AUGGAGAGCACUAGCACCCAGCCGGCUUCGCCGCUCGACGCGAGCAUCACUGUCAAGGUGCACUUUGAAGGCAGCACCCGAAGGGCUAAGAUGCCUUUGCGGGACACUGCUCCCACGGUUCUUCAGACUCAGAUCCGAGCUUUCCUUCGAAUUCCCAGCGAGACCGACAUCAUCAUCGAGCGUUACUCCGAUUCCGCUGCUGCGUAUGUUUGGCUCGACCCAAACAACCAGGCUGUCCACAAGCAGCUUUACCGUGCUGCCAAGGCAAAGUCAAAGCUCAAGCUUCGUGUAUCCAUCAAGAAGAACCUCGACUACGAGACGACAUCUGGCCCGCAGCCCGUAUCGAUCGAAGAUGUGCCCGAGGGCAUUAUCGCUCCUCUGAACCCUACACCGUCUGAGCAGACCUCAAGCGUUCCGAAGAUUCCCGAUUCCCAGGCUUUCGCCGAGCACCAGCGGGAAGCCCGUCGCCUCCGAGAGCAGAUCUCUAGAACCAUGUCUGCCAUGGCCGUCCCAAGCGAGCCCGAGUCGAAGUACACUCAGACGACCCCUGAAGAUGCUACUGAGCCCGUGGCGGAGGAGCGGGAGCAACCUGAAACCGCGACUCCCCUCUCUGCCACUCCGCGCUUUGCUAUCUGCUGCAACAGCUGUCAUCAGCAGACAUCUCACGCCCACUAUCACUGCUCUACUUGUGAAGACGGCGACUUCGACCUUUGCAUGCGCUGCGUUGACUCGGGCGUCACCUGCUACAGUACGGAGCAUUGGCUUAUCAAGCGCACCAUGGUCGAGGGCAACAUUGUGAGCAGCACAACCGAGAAGCUUGCCCCCAAGCCCAAGUCCAAGGUUGAGGCUAGCGAACCGAUUCAGACGUGUCCGGGAGUGCGCAACUGGUCGCAUGAUAACAUGACUUCACAGCUCGACGCCCUCAACUUGCCGCUUCACCUCGCCGAGUCGUCUGCACUGGACGAGGGUGCCAAUUGGGCUCAGUUGGAAGAGAAGUUUGCCAGCCUGAAUGUUGGUGCCAGCUUGUCGAACUACUUCCCUGCCGGCAUCCGCACCUGCAACAGCUGCAUUCGAGAACUACCCGAGGCAAAGUUCAUGCACUGCCAAGUCUGCCCCGACUUCGAUCUGUGUCUAGACUGCUUCCCCAAUGACAUUGAUGGGCACCACCCAGCGCACCCCUUUUCGCCUGCGGUGGCUGGCACGGUCAUCCCUGACUUGAUUCGCGCAAAGAUGUGUGCGGGCCGCAACCAGGCCCAUCAGGCUAUUUGCGAUGGCUGUGAUAAGUUCAUCGUCGGCAUCCGCCACAAAUGCCUCGAUUGUCCUGACUGGGACUUUUGCAACGAUUGUGCUCCCAACGCAGACCUCAUCCACCCUCGCCAUCGCUUCAUCCCAGUGUACGAGCCUUUGAAGGCCAACCACAUGAGCUGCGCGUCAAUCCAAUCGGUUCACGAGGGCAUUUGCUGUGACGGGCCCUUCUGCUCCACAGGCAAGGGCUAUCCAGCCUACAUUCGUGGAAUCCGUUACAAGUGUGCUGUCUGCCACGACGUCGAUUUCUGCGCUAGUUGCGAGGCCAGCCCAUUCUUGAAGCACAACAAAUCGCAUCCGCUUAUCAAGUUUUCGACGCCUAUUCGCAACGUGAGCGUUACCACGCACGAUGAGCGCAACGGCCAGGAAACUGUUCUGGGCGACAGAGUUCCCGUCGAGAAGUCGACACCUGCCCCCGCGGCGCCUCAGCCUGUGGUUGACAGCAACACCCAAGUGUCGAACGAGGCUGUGGUUGAGAAAGCGGCCGACGAGGCCACCCUUGAGCAAGAGAAGGAGCAUGUGGUGCCUGAUGAUCUGUGUGCCGAGUUUGUCCGCGACACGGUUGUUGACGGCUCCAUCAGGCCACCGAAGCACGUCUUUGAACAAACUUGGACUCUCCGCAACAGCGGCAAGGUCGCUUGGCCUGCUGGGACUUGUGUGAAGCAUGUUGCUGGUGACUACAUGGGCGACGUCGACUCGACCCGUCCUAUCAGCACCGCGCAGCUUUACGUCGCCUCGUUUUCCAAUGCUUGCCCUAGCCCUGUUCUCCCGGGAGAAGAGUUCUCUUUCACCGUCAAGCUUCGCACUCCUGCCCACCCCGGCAAGGUUGUUUCGUACUGGCGUGUUAGCACUUCGGACGGCUUCCGUUUCGGCCAUCGCCUUUGGUGUGAGGUCAACGUCCGCGACAUCAUGCCUUGCCAACGCCAUCGCCUGCUUCGUGACAGCGUAAAGCACAAGGACAUUGCCGCUACGCAGUCCGAUACGCCCGCUGAGAAGACCCCUGAAGUCGAGGCAGAGGUUGAGAGAGAAGAGGAUACGAAGUCUAGCCAGAUGGUCUUCCCCAAACUGGAGAAGGAAUCGCCUGUAGCUAGUGUCUACGAGGAAGUCAAGAGCCAGGCAUCCAUCGAGCGUCGCAAGUCAUCCUUUGCUGAAGAGUUCGACGACUGCGGUCAGAGUGUAGACUGGGAUGCGUCGGAUGACUUUUUGACCGACGAGGAGUACGAUGUUCUUGACGCCUCGGAUGAGGAGCUGUUCGCCUCUCCCAAGUGA